ACGCCGCCGCCCCGUUAAGAGCCGCCCGCCGGUGCGGCGCGGGGCCGCCCCACGAUGCUGCCGCCCGCGCUGCUCCGCCUGUGCCUCUGCGCGGCCGCCGCCGCCGCCGCUUCUCCCUUCAGCCUGCGCGGCGAUCACCGCCUGGCCGGGCUGUUCCCGCUGCACACCGAGGCGCACCGGGACGAGGCCAGCCUGCUCGUGCGCGGCUGCGACGACGCCGCCUUCAAGAGCCACGGCUACUGCCUGUCCCAGGCCCUGCGCUUCGCUGUGGAGGAGAUCAACAACUCCACCACGCUGCUCCCUAAUGUCACCCUGGGCUACGAGAUCUACGACACCUGCUCUGAGCCUACCAAUUUCCACGCCACGCUGUGUGCCCUUGCUCGUAAGGGCAGGCAGGGUGUGCAGGUGCUCCCCAGUUUCCAACACUAUGAACCCCAGGCUGUGGCUGUCAUUGGCCCUGACAGUACGCGCCUGGCCCUCACCACAGCCGCUGUUCUCAGCCUCUUUCUUGUACCAGAGAUCAGCUACGAAGCCUCCACGGAGUUGCUGAGCCUGAAGCGGCUGUACCCCUCUUUCCUGCGCACCAUCCCCAGUGACAGGCAGCAGGUGAAGGCCAUCUUCUUGCUGCUGCAGCACUUUGGCUGGACCUGGGUGGCACUGCUGGGCAGCGACAACAUCUAUGGCAGGACUGGCCUGGAUGCCCUGCAGGAGCUGCUGACCGCGAGCAACGUGUGCGUGGGCUACCGAGCCACCAUCCCCGCCAACUCUGACGCCAACAACCCAGAGCUUCACAACCUGGUCCAAAUCCUCACAGAGGUCAAGGUCAACGUCACUGUCGUGUUCUCCAACAGAGGAAGCGUUCUGCCGUUCUUCGAGGUGGUGGUCCAGAGGAACGUCACGGGCAUGGUGUGGGUGGCCUCUGAAGACUGGUCGUUGGCUCAAACUAUCUGGCAGGUUCCUGGCAUCCACACCAUCGGUUCGGUGUUUGGGAUGGCAGUAGAGAAGCCAGAGCCCACGAUGCUGGAACGCUUUGAAGCUUGGAGGAUGUGGGAGGAAGGCGCUGUGGCUGAGAGUGCCAGCAGUGCAGAGGCAGGCAGCGAAUCUGUGGGGAAUGCACGGCUGGACUGCACCCAGCGCUGCACCGGCUGCCGUGUGCGCGCCACUGUCCCUGACAUGUAUGAUGCUCAAGGCUCCUUCAACGUGUACUCGGCCGUGUAUGCUGUGGCCCAUGGCCUCCAUGACCUGCUGGGCUGUGCCUCGGGGGCCUGCAGCAAAGGCACUGUCUAUCCCUGGCAGCUCCUACAAAAGAUUAGGGAAGUAAACUUCACCCUCUACGAGAGCCGAAUCUCUUUCGAUGCCCACGGGGACAUUCAAAAAGGCUAUGACAUUGUCAUGUGGAAGUGGCUGGGCUCAAACUGGGCUUCUGAUGUGAUAGGAACCUUCCGUGUGAACCCUGAGAGGCUGAGCAUCGACCCAGGCAAAAUCCUGUGGCACACAGAAGAUGGCCAGGCUCCCAGCUCCGUGUGCUCUGAGGCCUGUAAGCCAGGAGAGAUGCGGCUGCAGCAGAGCCGCCACAAAUGCUGCUUCAGCUGUGUGGCCUGUCCACCAGGAACCUUCCUGAACACAUCGGGUCAGUACACCACAGGGUUUGCUCCUGCCCUUUCCUCCCCUGCCCACAUCCUACCACCUGCUCCUGUCUCGCCAUUCCCAGCCUCUCACCUCCUGUGGUCAGUGAAACCUCUGACCCAGGCCAUGGAUUUUGGGAGAGUCCACGGGGCCAAUUUUAGGUGGGAGGUCUUUUGGGAAAAGAGCCCUCUCUGCCACGCCAGGGCUGGGAAUGCCCGCAGGAACGAGCAGGUGCGAUGGGAGAGCAGAGCCCAGGGAGCUGCGGGCCGGGCCCCGCACCGUGGCAGAGCUCUUACCGGGUCCGAGGUGUGUGAGGUGUCCGUGUCCUCCGCAGACCCCUUUGACUGCCAGGCCUGUGGCUUGGAUGAGUGGUCCCCAGCAGGGAGCGAGGUCUGCUUCAACCGCACCGUCGAGUUCCUGUCCUGGUCCGAGCCCCUCUCCUGGGUGCUGCUGGCCUUGGCUGCUCUUCUCAUGCUGCUCAUAGCGGCGCUGGUUGUCCUGUUCGCCCUCAAUGCUUCCACACCCGUGGUCAAGUCCGCGGGCGGGAAGACGUGUUUCCUCAUGCUGGGCUCCCUGGCCUGCACCUGCAGCAGCCUCUUCUGCUAUUUCGGGGAGCCCUCGCAGGCGGCGUGCCUGCUGCGGGUGCCGCUCUUCGCCAUCAGCUUCACCGUGUUCCUGUCGUGCGUGGCGACCCGCUCCUUCCAGAUCCUCUGCAUCUUCAAGCUGAACGCGCGCUGGCCCGCGCUCUACGAGGCCUGGAUGCGGCGCCAGGGGCCGGUGCUGUUCGUGGCCGCCAGCACGGCGGCACAAGUGGCGCUGUGCGUGGCCACCGAGGCCGUGAGCCCCUCGGUGCCGCGCCGGGAGUACCGCGUGUGGGCCGACAGGGUGGUGCUGGAGUGCGCCCAGAGCGACGCGGCCGACGCCGCCAUCGCCUACACGUUGCUGCUCAGCGCCGGCUGCUUCGCGCUCAGCUACGCGGGCACGGACCUGCCCGCCGCCUACAACGAGGCCAAGAGCCUGACCGUGAGCCUGCUGCUACACCUGGGCUGCUCGGCCGCCGUGCUCUGCUCGCAGGGCGCGCUGCGCGGCCGGGCCGACACGGCGGCGCGGGUGCUCGGCACGCUGGGCACGCUGGCAGCGGUGCUGGGCGGGUACUUCGUGCCGCGGGCCUUCGUCAUCCUGCUGCGGCCGCACCAGAACACGGCCGAGCACUUCCAGAUGGCCAUCCAGGAGUACACGCGCCGCCUGGCCGCCGCCUGAGCCGCGCGGUUCCACCCGCACCGCCGCGGGCCCGGCCCGCCCCGGCCGCUCUCACCGUCACUGCCGGCGCCCGCUGACGCCACGUCCGGCGGCGGCGGCUGCCGGCGGGCUCCGGUGCGCGGCC